CCUCUUGCUUCCUACAGAGAAUCCCCCAAAUCCACCUUUCCUCGGGACUGCAACUGCCCUGCCGCUCUCCAUCCCCGCAGGGAGCAGUGCAGCUCCCCUAACAGGAAGCCUCACCAACUUCUCCACAGUGUCUGCCCCAACAGUUGGCUCAGCAUGGCUACUGUCAUCAGCAGCUGCCACCUCUUUCCAGCCACUCAUGGGCAGUGCCUACCUUUACCAACAACAUUCAGCCACAACAAUGCCCUCUGCAGUGCCUGCCCAGAGCCAGACCUCCAUGUCUGCUGCCUCCUACCCAGCUGCUCUACAAUGGCAGCUCACAGCAGGCACUGCACAGAACCCCUCAGCACUCGAGGACUUCACUCAGGGCACUCGCACCAACCACAACACAGCUGUUCCUUGCACACUGAUGACAGCCCCAUCUCACCAAACCACAGGUGCCAAUGCCACGGUCCCUCUCUUUCCAUCACUCAUUCCGGGCAUGGCAGCUCAGAUUCCUAGUCAGGGACAUGGCUUGUCACUUCCAUACCUGCAAGCAAGCCAGAUCCAUGACCAUCAUCAAGCCACAGUAGGCUCUCUACUCUCGGCACAACCUGGCCCCUGCCUGCAAACCUAUGGCCCUGUGACACACACAGCAACUGUGGCCUCUGCACCUUACCCAGAAAUGGUGAUGGUGCUAAGGCAGAUUCAGCCAACUCAUGACACACCACCAGUCUCAACCUCUGCAAGCUACUACUCUGGCUCUUCACAACCCAUCACAGGAACAACAUUUCAAGUGAUGGAAAGCUCCCUGGGGACGCAGACUUCUCAGGGAGUGCAACCUUCAAGGCAGACCCUUUGUGUGCCCCAAACGGCAGAAGCUUCCAGGUCCUGCAGGAGCAAAAUGAUCCGCUUAGUGGACACUGACCUACCACCUGAGCUAGGACACAUUUCCAACAGAGCUCCCACACAUAGCCCCACUCAAUUUUGGACGUUGCCACCAGGCCUAAGCAAGGAACAAACAGACAAUGCUAAUCUGCCAGAGACUGAAACUCAGCUUCCACAACCUCUGCAUACUGUCCAGAGCCCAGGACAAAUCCAAGUUCCUCCACUGCUGCCUUGGGAAAUCCCAGACAGUCAUCAUCUUCUGGCUUGCAGUGAUGCUCCUCCUAGCCAAGAGCAACAGCCUGGCCCCACCAUUGCUGACCUCCCAAACAGCAGCCCAACUCGCGAUGGCCAACACAGAUCAGAAGGUGACACUCCAGCUAGCAAUGGCUUUGCAGACAUUCCUGUGCUGCUGCUGAAGAACAUCUGCCUGCCCAGAAUCUUCAGUCCCUUGAUAGAUCUGGACCAACCCAAAGGUGAGAUGGAAAUCAAUGCCACGGAGCCUGCAGCCACCAAAGCAGAUGAGGUGCAGGACAGUAUCACAGACAUACAGGCUCCUUCCACUCAGCACAGCAGGAAGAAUAAGCACAAAGCCACAGAGCCUCUCCACGGUGCACCCAGGGCCAAGAUCCCACCAAAGACCCCAGAGCACCUCAUAGAAGAGGGAGAAGUGGUUGAUUGCAGCAAUGAAGCCAGUCACAGCAGUCCUGUCAAAGAGGCCCAGCAAGCUAGCAACAAGCCUCAGAAACCUGCAUCCAGUAGAUCCAGGACAACCAAGAGCCAGCGGCAGGUAAAGGACACGACCAACAAAGGACAUAACACCAAGAGACCUGAGCACAGCAAGCACUCAGGCGACAAAGGCAAGGCCCAAGACAAGCCACCCAUCCCCAAGACAUCGAGGAAGAGAAACCCACCAGCACUUCCACAGGAGACCUUCCAAAAACCUCGCAGCCGCCUCGGCAUGCACAUGAUGGAGUCUGUGCAGGUGUUUCACGCACUGGGCAAGAAGACAGAGAAGAAAAUGGGCCACUCUCCAACCAGGAUGCUGGCAAGUUCCAGCCACAACAAAGACCCCCGUAAAUCCUCAGCUACAAAGCCACGGCUGAAAACAGCCCAGGAGGGCAAAGGUCCUGAGAAAGCUCCAGCCAAAGACCAGAACCUGGACGAUGAUGCUGAGAAAGGCCACACGUCUCCAUCAGUCUAUGAGCUGCCACCACCAGGAAAGGUCAAGUUGAUUCCUCUGCAUUUCCCCACCAUUGUCGAGAGGCCGAGGCCUAGGCCGAGGCCUCGACCUGUUCAGCAAAAGCCACAGUCUCUUUCCUCCCAUAAGCCCAUAGGGGCUACCCAUGACCAUGCCCAGCCUGAGUCCACUAACCCAGCUCAACAGACUGCUGUCACUCCGGCUCCACCAACUGCUGCUGGUGCAUCACCCGUAGCUUCUGUUACACCAGCUCAGCCCACUUCAACCAAUGCAACCCGACCAGCUUUGAGAAACCCUCCCCAGCCUACUAUCCCUCCAUCAGUGGUGUCUAGGCCUGUGCCUCACCACACAGCAUCUUACACUUCAGUCAAGCCACAGCCUAGUUCCACUGCUCUGCCCAAGCCACCACCCAUGCCUCAAAACCCUUUUCUCAUCCACGAUUUCAGCCAACAACCAAGACCAUGGAGGAAACCUGAGAUGAUUGGCCCUUUAGUGUCAACUCCCAUCACUGCAGAGCAGAGGCCAGAGCGUGAGGCUAUGAAGAGGAGGGCUCAACUAGAGCGUGAGGAAGCUGCCAAAUACACCUCUUGUGGAAAGUUCCAAUACUUCAUUGAGAGGGAAAAAGAGAUGGAUAUCUCUCUUUACUAUGGUUAUGUAACCAAGAGCUGCUUCGAAUCCUAG